CAUGACGGCGGCGCUUCCGGCCCCGGCGCCGCCGCCCGCCGUGUCCGCCGCGUCCGCCGGCGCCGCCAGCCGUUGGCCGGGCCGACCGCGCGGCACGAUGCUGGCGCUCAUCUCCCGCCUGCUGGACUGGUUCCGCUCGCUCUUCUGGAAGGAGGAGAUGGAGCUCACGCUCGUGGGGCUGCAGUACUCGGGCAAGACCACCUUCGUCAACGUCAUCGCGUCAGGUCAGUUCAGCGAGGACAUGAUCCCCACGGUGGGCUUCAACAUGCGGAAGGUGACGAAGGGCAACGUCACGAUAAAGAUCUGGGACAUCGGAGGCCAGCCCCGGUUCCGGAGCAUGUGGGAGCGGUACUGCAGAGGAGUGAACGCCAUUGUUUACAUGAUAGAUGCUGCAGAUCGCGACAAGAUAGAACCUUCUCGAAACGAGCUGCACAACCUUCUGGACAAGCCGCAGCUGCAGGGGAUCCCGGUGCUCGUGCUCGGGAACAAGCGAGACCUUCCCAACGCCCUGGAUGAGAAACAGCUCAUCGAAAAAAUGAAUCUGUCUGCUAUCCAGGAUAGAGAAAUUUGCUGCUACUCCAUCUCGUGCAAGGAGAAGGAUAACAUAGAUAUCACGCUCCAGUGGCUUAUUCAGCACUCAAAGUCCAGAAGGAGCUGAGGCCGCGUCUCCGCCCGCCCCUCCCGCGUGCUCCAGCCUCGUCCGUCCCUCUGAAGCCCUUCCGGAACACGGCCCCCCAAACCCAAGAAAUUGCCUUUUCCAGAGUUCCUUCCUCAUGUGCGCUGCUGAAGAUGUGUACCCUCGUCUUCCGUCCAGAUCAGCUAGAGUUGUCACGAUAAAGUCGGCACAUAAACGGCUUCUUACUUACUCGUCUCACACAGCGUGUAGGGCUUUUAAAAAACAAAACAACGUUCUGACCAUCUCAAAUCAAGAAAAUUGCUUCUUUGCGUUCUGGCCUUUGGGGCCAGCUUUUUAUAUUGGUUUUAGUAACUGUCUCUCUGGUACUGUCCCGUAGCGCCCAGCAGCUUGGUAGCGCAUGGAGUUUCUCGUGCCGCACACACAGUAUUUAGAAAAGCUUCCGCUCGACUCCCGGGGGACGGGAACUUCACGUUUCUGACCUCCCCGAUGCAUGUGACCUGUCCACUUCCGCCUUCCGAGCCAGACGUGGGCCGCAGCUCGCACUCUCGGCGUUGGCCCAUCCCCCGCCUCAGCUCUGGCCAGGGUCGGCUUCCGGGCCUGCUCCCGGGCCCACGGCGGCGAGGGGACGGGGACGAGGCAUGCGUUUCCCAGCUCUGUCCACAUCAUUACUCCUGUAUAUUUCCUCUCUUUCUUUUCGGGUUCAACACACUUUUCUAAGGGGCUGGGAGUCGGAGAUUUCACAGAAGCUUACGUGGGUUCAGAGCACCCCGGCCCGCACGGUGGCCCUGUCCCGAACGCCGGCCUCUGCAGAGCCGCCUGUCCUCUGUCCCAGCCCCGUGGCCAGCCCCGUGGCCAGCCCCGCGGUGGCGCUCAGCCCGGAGGCAGGACGGGGCACGCCCCUGUUCCCAGGCGGCAGCUCAUGACGCCCCCGGGCCUGUGCCCCGAGGGUCCCCCUGCAGGGCCGCCAGGCCGGGGACCCCGAGCGCCUGUCGCUGUGUCUGACGUGGAGCACGCGAGCUGCCGAGGGCUCUGCGUGGCCGUCAGCGGCUCUCAGUCCCGUCUGGCAGUGCCCCCGAGGCCAGGCCACUGCCAGCUGGCCGCGCUGCCCCGGCCCAGGGGGGGCCGCCCUCCGGCCAGUGCCGGUGAAUCCCAGACUCCACGGCCUUAACAUCGCGCGCGGACUCAGUUCCCCGGCAGACCCGGGUCGGGUCUCGCUGCUCCCCCGUCUCCCCCCUCGGAGCAGGCGCCGCUGCCCUGGGGAGGUGAGUCUGCGUGGGGGCGCGCCCGGCCCUGGUGGUGGGCCUGUGCGUGGAGGAGGGGCCAGCCGGGCGCGCCUGAGGGCCACAGGCUGUUGGGCGACGCGUCUGUCUCCGCCCCCACCCGGCAUCUUCCUGUGCAUUAACCUCUGCAUGUGAAUCCUCAUAGUUACUGAACUUUGUAAAUAUCGGAAUUUUUUUAUUUAGGUGGAUGCAUUUUUGUCUGUUGACUGCUCUUCUCAGCUUUAUUCAAUAAACUUGCAUUUUGAGGGUUGUAUUGACGAUUUAACUUAAAACUGUCUCACCAUGGAAGGCGCUGGCUGGGGACGGGGCCGGAGAGUCGAGCAGGUGCCCCAGACGCCGGCAGCAGCGGCUCAGCUCUGGAGCACCGGGCCUGUGGGCUAGUUAAGGUAGAAAUAAACUUUUAAAAUACCA